AUGCGCCGAGCUGAUAAAGGCGCCAUUUUGGAGAGGCCGCGGGAGACGUGGUACCGCUGCGGGUUUGUUCUGCUGUGCGCUAGGCUUGGUGGGAAGGCCUGUGCUCGAGUCCGCGCUUUUCGUCGCCGCCAUGUCGGGAGGUGGUGUGAUUCGUGGCCCGGCGGGGAACAACGAUUGCCGUAUCUACGUGGGUAACUUACCUCCAGACAUCCGAACCAAGGACAUUGAGGACGUGUUCUACAAGUACGGCGCUAUCCGCGACAUCGACCUCAAGAAUCGCCGCGGGGGACCGCCCUUCGCCUUCGUUGAGUUCGAGGACCCGCGAGACGCGGAAGACGCGGUGUACGGUCGCGACGGCUAUGAUUACGAUGGAUACCGUCUGCGGGUGGAGUUUCCUCGAAGCGGCCGUGGUACAGGCCGAGGCGGCGGUGGGGGUGGAGGUGGCGGAGCUCCCAGAGGUCGGUAUGGCCCCCCAUCAAGGCGGUCUGAAAACAGAGUGGUUGUCUCUGGACUGCCUCCAAGUGGAAGCUGGCAGGAUUUAAAGGAUCACAUGCGUGAAGCAGGUGAUGUAUGUUAUGCUGAUGUUUACCGAGAUGGCACUGGUGUCGUGGAGUUUGUACGGAAAGAAGAUAUGACCUAUGCAGUUCGAAAACUGGAUAACACUAAGUUUAGAUCUCAUGAGGGAGAAACUGCCUACAUCCGGGUUAAAGUUGAUGGGCCCAGAAGUCCAAGUUAUGGAAGAUCUCGAUCUCGAAGCCGUAGUCGUAGCAGAAGCCGUAGCAGAAGCAACAGCAGGAGUCGCAGUUACUCCCCAAGGAGAAGCAGAGGAUCACCACGUUAUUCUCCCCGUCAUAGCAGAUCUCGCUCUCACAUAUCUGAAGAGAUGGAUUAAGAAUGCUUUGGAUUAAGGAUUGUGGAGCACAUUUCAAUCAUUUUAGGAUUGUCAAAAGGAGGAUUGAGGAGGAUCAGAUCAAUAAUGGAGGCAAUGGUUUGGAUUGGAGAGGGCUCACUGGAUCCCAAUCCUUGGAGCUGGAUCAUUGGAUUCAAAUCAUAAUGUGGAUAGGAUAGGGAGGAUGAAUUACAAGGAUUCAUGGAGCGGGAUCAGAUUACCAGGAACAUAGGAGUGGAUUCCUGCCCCAACCAAACCGCAUUCGUGUGGAUUUUUUUUAUUCAACUUAAUUGGCUAUUCCAAAGAUUUUUUUUUUUUUCCUAUUUUUGACGAUUGGAGCCCUUAAGAUGCACGAUGGAAUUGUGUUUUGCAUUUUUUGGUAAAAGGAGCAAAGCGAGGACCUGGAGAUAUACGCGGAGCAAUCUCCUUGGAAGGAUUCAGCACGAGUAGAUGGUAAACAUUUAAAGGGGAAAGGGGGGUUUGUUUAAAAUAGUAAAUCAGUAAGUUACUUCUAAAUUUAAAGAAAACAAAAUUGGAGUUGAAGAAUAAGUAGGUUUCCAAUUGGCUAUUGCCGUUUUUCUUUGAAAAAAUAAACAUUUUUUAAAAAACUAUGCAUGGUUGUCCUUUUUCCUCUUCAUGUAAGAUUUUUAACUGGGUGACUAGUCUAUCACUUAAUACUUUAAAUUGGUAAGAUUCUGACUGUUGUGUUUAUGUGUUAGUAAAUUAAAGGUUCUUGAAAGGCAAUCUAAUAAAUGGUAUUAACCAUCUCUUAUUGUUAAUUGUAAAAGUCUUCAGGGAAUGAGGUGAGAAUAAGGCAGUUGAGUAUGUAAAUGUUAAACGAGGGGAUGAUCUAGUGUCUGAAAGAUAAGCUUAUAAUUUGCUAGAAAGUGACUAAAAAUUUAUAGAUACCGCUUAAUUUUGGUCAUUUAGACAACAUAGACUUUUGUGCAAAAUUGGUUCAUGGCUAGUAAAUUAAUGUUAACUUGGAGAUAGCUUUUGAAGUUCUCAAUGAAACUAAUUUUAAAAAAUUGGUAUUAAAUGUUAACUUUGGCACAGAUGUAUUAGAACUCUUGUAGAAAUGUGAACAGUGCACUAGAGGAUUAACUGCUUAUUUGGGUGAAUCAUUUGUAAUAAAAAGCUGGGCACUUAGAAUUUAGCCAUGUAAAACCCUUCUCAACCAUAGUUAUUCUGUACUCAAGACAUUCUGUACCAAAGCAAGGAUUAUAUCUUUUAAUCUGUUAGUCUUUAUAUUUUUUUUACUGACAUCUCCUUGAUGCCAAGUUUCCAAACUUGCUUGGGUUGGGGGAGAGGAGUUUAACUUAAAAUUCCUAAUCUUUGUCUUCUGAUUUCCUCAUAGUUUAGUCAUAACCAUCAGACCACUCUUUUCCGCACUCAAAAGAAAUAACUAGAUCUUAACAUUUCCCUUGGGUGCUAAUCAUAGUUGAAAGCUGAAUUUAAGACGAUUAUUUAGGUGAGAUAAUUUUAAACCUAGAGAAAGCCAGAAAUAAUCUUGGUAGUGGGAGAAAUGGGUUCCAAGAGAGGUUUGCAUAAAGUCAUCCAAUCGGUAUAUUUUAAUGAACCUUGUGGAAUGUCAGGAGGAAGAGAAGGGAUGUUAAGUUCAAAACUAGGAUUUCACUUUAAAUAUUUAAAGCAUUUAAUAUAGAUACAUUAAGGAAAUGGUUCUAGUUUUUAUGUAAGAAAUCAACAUGGUUAAGAAGCAAAUAUACUAUUUAAAACAAUUGUGAAGAAUAUUUUACAUGACAUGCUUAAAGUUUUUAAUUGUUUCAUGUGUAGAAUAUUUCUUAAAUUGGGUUAUUAGAGGGAAGAUAUCAAAUGACUAAAAAGAUAAUUUUGAAAGGUUAAUGUGAGGUAGACUUAAGCAAACUUGGGUUUGUAUUCAUUGAAUGUUCUGGAAACAAAGGACCAGAAUGUAAAUGGCCUUCAGUCAAGAUUUAGUGUAUUUAAGCUCUGAAAAUUUUUGGUAGUUUGAAGUGGAAAGUAUUCCUUACCUGCUAUAUAGGCUGAGUUUGAAGAUUAGAGAGGACUUCAUGCAUAUUUAUGAAAGGUAGAGAGGCAUAGGUUUUGUAGGUAAAGGUGACCAGAUAACUACACUUUUGGGGCUACAAAAGCUGUGUAGAAUUUUCCCCCUUUUUUCCCUAUUUAUGUCCCCUUAAAAUUUUGUAGAGAGCCUAUAAUUAAUUUUCUAACCAAGGAAAAACUUAAGUCUCUUUAAGAAGCAAUUACUUACCAUAACAUCAGAUUGAGUAACCUACCUUGCUGUUCAGCCCACAUCCUACUGGAAACAAAAGGUAAGAAACCCAUUUUCUGAUUGCUAAUUGUUUGGGAUCUGAAUUUUAUUUUAAAAACAGUUUAACAUUUAAAAAGAUGCUGGUUGGAAUAUGAAUAGAUUUCCCUCAUUUAAAGUGGUUUAUUCCUUUUAAUAAAUUAAGUGCUCAUAUAUCCACACAUUGUAGUGCUUGAGUUCAAUAUGGUUUAUUCUAGAAUCUCAGCUUUUCUUAGUUGUGUGUGUGAAACAUGUCUUGGUCAUUGGGGCUGGUGUUAUUUUUGAAUUUCUGUGGUCAAGGUGAAUUUCUUAUGUGUGCCUUUUUGCUUUUGUAUAUGAAGUUUGUUAUGAAAUUACAAAUGAAUUAAGUUGUGUGUAUGUAUUUACCAUAAAUAGUAUUAAAAGGAGAGAAACUA